AUGGACGGCGCCGCUGCCUCUGCUGCGUCCUCCGCCGGAGCUCACCUUCGGUUGCCGUCUCCAGCCUUGCUCCCGCGAAGCCUGGUUCCAGAAAUCUUCAAAUUCGCCUCCGCCGCGGCGCCUCUCAGGAUUGCGGCAUCACCCUGUGGUGUACCGCUUAGGCCGCCCGGUCUCCGCGCUCCAUGUUGUCUGCCGGACCCAAUCCGGGGCGAGGGUACCGCUCAGAAGAUCGGCGUUUUAAUCGAAGUGGAAGGGUGAGCUGCGGCUGCACUUCGUUUAGCAGCUCUGUUCCUGCUCGUAACUUGUUUCUGUCUGGUGGUGUUUGCUUCUCUGGAUAAGUUUGGGUUUAUUGAGUUUGUUUUGAGUUGUAUAUUUUAAAAUUUUAUGUGUAUUUUUUUGCAUGUUGUCUCAUCUGGCUAAACACCUAACACCUGCAUAGUUUUAGAUAUGGACUAAAUCAAACCGUGCAGCUCCACAGCUUCUACCCGUAAUCUUAAAAAAUUAGCGAAUAGUUUUUUAAUCAUCGUUUGUCGUCUUAUAUAGACUAAUAUAGUAUUUUCUCUUUCAAUGUGGAAGGUAAGAGUCACAGACUUAUGAUCAUCCAUGUGCACGUGAAUAUCCUAUAUACUAGUUCAGUAAUGACAAAGUUACGAAUUUUGUACUAAUUGAUGCGGCGCAAGCGAAAUUAUUAUAUCGAAUUUUUACAUUGUUUGAUCAAUUUUAUGUUAUCUCAUCAUCUGUCAACUCGGUGCUAUCUCUAUUGGUUUAUUGAAUUUCUUGCUGAAGUGUCCUCCAUGUCCCUUGUCUAAGUAAAUUUUAUUAACAGUCGAAAUAUUUUGAGCCUCAACUUCCUGUAUUAUGAUGUGCUUAACGAAAAUAUAUAAUUUCUAGUUAUCAAGAUGUUCCCAUGAUGAAAACUUCCACUUGUUUUGAUGUCUUAUCUUUGUUAUGAUGUGUUUAAUGUUAUGUUCCUUCUGCGUGCUUCUUCUGCCAGCUGCAUGUCAUUGAUACGCCCGCAGGUGCCCUAGAAGAUGAUAUUACUCCGAAAAUAUUUCAAACAACAUUUCAAUAAUUAAUGUGCUUAACGUAUUCAUCUUACUAAUGAAAAAUCUUCCGCCUUCAGGGUCCUUGCUGAUGUGUACCGCUUUGGUAAUCGCCAAGCUUUCAAUGUAGGUGCGUUUUACAUAACAGUGCCAGAGCUAAUGCUCCCAAGAAAUGUUCUCUUUACUAUAUAGAGGUAUUCAGUUUUGUUAUCUUAUAAUUAUGAGACAUUUUCCUGUGAGGUUGGGACAUUUAUCCAAAAGCUGUAACUUUCAGUGCAAUCGUUUGCUUUCAUGGAUGCAUAUUCUGCUCCUUGGUUCUGAGUCUUUUGUUUCUUUGCUCUUUUUUGUUUCCCUUACAGCCUUUCAAAAACUUGGGCUUGAUUGUGCAAAUUGGACAGAACCAAUAUACUUGGACCUUACAAGGUUGACAAUUAUGUGCUCUGUGUGCUUCAUUCAGCCUUGAAAUAUCUCCACAGUCUUCUAUCCAAUGACUUCGUCAAAAUCUAUUUACCGUUGCCUGCUUAUGUUUCUACAUUCUUUGUUUUGAUACUCCAUGGCACCCUAUUCAUGGGACUGGUAGUCAUGUGUACAUCUUCUUUUCUAUUGCUCAAAAUUGUUGAUAAUUUUCUCAGGAAGGCAGCUGGAGACGAGGAACGAAUGCUUACAUUGUUCUUCAGCAGAGUACGUAUUCUCUCGAUUUUAAUCCUAGGAUAAUAGCUUGUUGCUGGCAUAUGCAUGCUGAAACUAUGAUGGUAACCUGACGGGGAAAUCCUCACCCUUAAAUGGAAUUUCACGUGUCUCAUAUGUUCUUACCCAAUGUUUUAAAGCCAUCAUGAUCAUGCUCUAGAUUAUAUAUGUGCACUCUUUCAAUUUGGCCACUCCUAUACUAAAACAAUAGUAUCUGUUGAACGCAUGCUUGUCCAGAUUGUUUUUGUGAAAAUAGUGAUUUCUCUAUUAAAUAACGAAGGAAAUGAUUGGAACAAUACACUGGACUGCAGCUCAAUUAUACAAAGAAUUAUUUGUCCUUCAGUUUGUAAAUAUAAUAAACUUUCAUCUAAACUUUUUAAUCAACUGGUAAAAUGAUAGAAAAGUGGACUGAAUUAAAACUCGUCUAAGAACAAAAAGCAUUACGUAUUAGAGUGAAUUUUAAUCCUUUUAUAUUGAAAAGUAUUGUGGGGAUAUGCUAUGCGUGUAAUGUCUGAAUUGUUCCAACUUGAGAAUGAGAUUUCCACUAUUAUGAUUCAAAUAAAUGCCUUGAAUCUUUUCCAGGCUUCAGAAAGAAUUCCCUGCUUCUUUGAAGACAUGGAGGACCUUUGAGUUAGUCUGACAGCCAUCCAGCCCUUCUGAUAUAAACUAUAAAACCAGAAGCAAAAAUAUGUCGUCUUUCAUACACCUGAACAGUAAUAAAAGGAAAAAACUAAUGUCGUCUUGUUUUCCCAGCAUAAUGUUUAGUGGUCAGAGUUUCCUCCCUACUAUUUUGAUACCUGGAGAAAAAAGGUUCUCACAAGUAGACAAGAGUGCUUGGUGACUAGCUUGUGGUGCUUAUGAUUAAAUUCUAGCUAUGCUUGUUUCUUAUAAUUAGUUCCAUCCUCGCAGGAAAAAUAGAAAUUAUUCAGGUUACUUCAGGAAAAAUAGAAAAUGGAUUGUGGUGUAUGCAUAUUUAUCAGAAAAUAUGCAGUAGCUUAUUUCCAUCCAUUUUGAAGUCAAGUUGUUUUCAUGGUCGGAUUUUUUAAAGGAAGAGAGAAUCUUGGAGAGUAGGUACAGUAUACGACGAGCUUUCUGAAGAAUGCUGCUUUAAUAUGAAAUCAGUCAUUAUUUACCUUUUUACAUUCAUUUAUGUCUUCAUGUUACAGAUUGGCUGGCCUACUUCAUUGCCUACCAAUGAGAAAGUUGCAUUUUUGAAACGAAUUCUUCGUGAAAAGGUAACUCUUCCUAAAUUCUCUCAGGGUGCAUCUUUGUUUUUUGCUUUUUUAAAAAAUCUUAUGAGGGCCCCCGAAUGAAGUUGACUUAUUUUUGGUUAUCAGGGAAAAUCUAAUAUUUAAAAAAUCAGAAAAUUAACCUGGGGCGUUGAGAUGCUUCUUCACCAUAGAUUAUUCUUAGAUUUCUUAAUUUCUCUACUUUCUUCAUGGUUUCGUGCCUUACCACAUCUAAUAAUAUUUAUCCAUGGAGGCAGCUUGAAAUACUUCAAAGACAAGGAAAAUGACAUGCUGCUUCUGCUAGUAUUUUCCAUGAGACUAAAAUCGUGGGUUCCUCUUCUGCUUUUGUGUGUUCUGGUAUCCCAUAUUUUAACAUAAUUUGACUGCAUUUUAGCUUCCAUGGAAUAAUUCAAACUAUUUGGUGAUACUGCGUGGUAUAAAUUUCCCAGAAAUCUAUAAGUGACCGUAUCCAAAAUACGAUCUUGGUUUCUUCUGAGGUGACCAAAAGCAAAUUUUUGCCUUUGACAAUACGUAUAGUAUGCAUCAUUAAUCACUCAAUGCUGAUUUUUUGAUUGGUUUGGUAAAUACUUAUGAUAUUGUCCAGUAUUUACAUCACAUAGAAGGAAACACAAAAGAAACCUUGUAUCUCAUUUUCCCAAGUGAGCUUUAGUUUAGGUCAUCCCGUUUGAGUUCUUUUGCUCAUAAAAUUUGCAGAAUGGCUAAUUUCACUACCGUUAAAUAAUCCAUUGCUUUGGGACCUGCUAGGAUCCCUCUAUUAGUAAUCAUCUUUUUUAUAAUGCUUUACUGUACUGUAAGUUUCAAAACAAUAUUGAUGACAAGUUUUGCUGAAUUCCAGAGCAACGCAUUGGAUUCGUAUGUUGUCUCUGGCAAUUUACCUCUACGACCUGGAGUUGAGAAGUAAGUCCUUUGUUAAUUUUCAGGGGUGGACUUGAAAUUGCUUCAUUAGAUGAAUGAACUUCACAAAAAAAUCCAUGGUUUUAUUUGUUAAAACACAUUUACAUUAUUUUCAUCCUUUUAGUACUAAAAUUUCCAUUGUUCUACUCGUGUGCUACAGUUUCAAACCUUUUGCUUAAUCAUUUUUAUCAAUCCUAUUUGUUGUAUGGUUGCUUGUUUUCUGGUACGUGGCAUGUACAUAUGAUACUACUGUUUGUGGUAAAUGUGCCAAUCAUCCACCGUUCCCAGAGAUGCUUUUGUUCCACAGAAAAUAAAAUCCGACGCUUGACUAUACAAUGGUGAUGGAUUGCUCCCGAUUUUAUCAAAUUUUACCUGCAAGCGAUUUAUUCCCAAGGAUCAUUGCCCUUUUUUCAUCCAGACUCGCUUUUCAGAUAGGAGUGCUAUGACUUCAGCAAAAUGACUUUUGACCUGCUGGUUGGAAUAUGUCCUUCCUUUUUGUCUGUCUAACUGGUUUUAUUGGGAUGCAAUGCUUUAGUUUUCUGGAACAUCUUCAAUUACUUCAAUUGUUUCUUAUGUCCAACCUAUAAGUUCCUCCGACAGUUUUUAGCCAUUGCUGAUGCCAUCUCAGAGGUUAGGUAUCGCUCCCAUUGAUUCUGUUGUGACAUUGCAUCUAUCCAAAUUAAUAGAUAAUGUUUUUCCUGCAAUAAACUCACGAGUUAUCUGUAAGAAGUUGGGAGGCCUUCCUUCGGGUCACAAUUUAACAUUUAAAGGAAAGAAGUAAUGUUUAAAGCUUCCCAAUUUUCGAGAUUGAGUAUGAUCGAUUAUCUUAAAUAUCCGGAGCAUUCUUCAACAUUAUCAGACUCUUUAGUUUCUUUUUUAUACUUGAAUUUCAUGAUGCAUUUGAUAUUUUUUAUCUGCAGUUUUGUUGAUGAUGCACUUAAUGAAGGCAUACCCGUAAUUAUGCUCACAGCCUGCAGUAAAAGCGGGGACAAAUUGUCAAGGUUUGUUUAGUGGUUCUUUUUUCUUUUGAAUGAUGGAUAAUCGUCAGUGACAUGGAUUUAGAUAUUCACUUUCUUCAAACUCGAAUAUCUUAUUAUCCGUCUCAGUUUUAAUGGCCCAGUGGUGCAUAAAACUAUGUCUAUGCCCUUUUCGUCUUAGAUUGCUAUCCAAAAUCCAGUCACCAUGUUGACCCCAUUAAUUCGAUUUUGCUACAUUAUCUAUAUUCUCAUUAUGUUAUCCACAGGCAAUAUUUCUUUCCUUCUUUCCUUUGGCAAUGAAGUCAUGAUAUCUCUGUAUUUUUUUUCCAUUAUUUCUAAUAGGCUGGUUUAUUAUAUCUUCUUCUAUGCUUCCCUUGAAAGAAAUACCUUCUAUAUGUUGUUUUGUUUCUUUUUCUUUUGAAAAUUAGGCGCUGUAAUGUGUUCUCAUUUGAAAUAAAACUUCAAACAUUCCAUUAGGUUUCUCGUUGAAAAGCUUGGAUGGGACCGAAUAUCAAAAAUUAAGAUAGUUGGAAAGAAAGAAGUGGAAGGAAGUUUAUAUGGUCAACUUGUUCUAGGAAAAGGAACAACUUCUACUUUAGAUGAACAGCUUGCAAAGGAGGCCCGAAAAGCAGGUUGACUAUGAAACCUUCCUUGUAACUACUAUUGUGUUUUCGUACUCCAGCGAGAAUUGGUUCUUGUUAGAUGUUUCUAAUUGGUUUUUCUGCUUUAUGCUCACAACAGUAUCCAUGGAAAAACAGAGAGUAGCGGAGGAGGUCGCUUCUGCUCUCAAAAUCAGUGUUGACAUCGAUACCAGUUUGCCAGAAAGGUAGCAGUUUUUUUCCAUUUUUACGUUUUGGAGGGCAUUGUGACUUCUUGUUCAUCAUUUAUCAACUUUGUGAAUUUUGUCAUUAACUGCGCCUACCUACCUAUUCAUAUGGAAGCUUUGUGACUCAGUCUUCUGUGCCUCAAUCACCAUCGCGAAGUUGUUCCAACGUGUAUGAUCUGGAAUGGGCGCUCUACUAUUUCAUGUCAUUAGAGGCUUUUAUCCACUUUGAAUGAAAACACGCCAUCCGCUCAAUGAAAGGCAGAGGAUAUCUACCUGAUAAGACGACUUUUAAGAAAAAUGAUCUGGCAAGUUUUUCUUGUAUAGUUGAUCAGACCGCAUAAAGCUCAAGAAAACGAGUCAACUCGACCCAUCUCACCCUUCUCAGAUAAUGUUCAAGUCCACAUCGUUGGUUGUUCAACUCGGCCCAUGCAUAUCCUUAUGUUGUGUUGAUGUCUGAUAAUUUAUAUUGUCCAUGUUUUGAUGAGGGGAAAACAUCCCAAAGAUUAUAUCCGAACUUGGUCGAGCAAUCAAGUGGAGGAGGGUUCACUGUCCUUCCUCUCGUUCUAGCAUGUUCGAUGCAUCAAGGUACCAAUUCUAGCUGAUUACCUCUCAAGCUACUGGUUAUGGGUGAGUCACGAAAAGUCUUGGAACGACUUUAGGGACUCCUUCCACUUGGCAAAAGAAGGCGUUGUUCUUUUCCCCAACGUCAGCUUGCUUAUUUCAAUGUUAUCAUUGCCCAAAGUAGCUUGGGGCUAGUCCCAGCCUAGAGUUUCUAUGAUUCUUCUUCCCUUCUCGUUUCUAUCUACCAAAUGAGUUAUGUAGUGAACCCAAUCCACCUUCGAGGAAGCUUUGAACCUUAACUUACACCGGAUAGAUGACGAAUGAUCACAUCAAAGUAAUUGCUCUUUAACAUGCUUCUCAUUCUACGGUUCUUUUUGUAAUUAAAAAAAAAGGAUUUCAAUGAGAUAUUGAGCGUGGUCCCUUGAUUCAUUUCCAGCUUUGACCAGAUAGUGGCAACGCUGCGUGCUGGGGCAGAAUAUGCUAGUCUGCCUGUGUAUGACUGUGUCCUCGUGGCUGGUAGCCAGUCUGCGGUUCUUGGUGCUGAGCGGAUAGGUAUGCCAUGUGUGGUCAUCCGAAACAGGUAUAUAUUCUUCACUAUUUGAAGACUUUACCCUCAUUUUGCUUCUUUUAGUAUCUUGCAUGCCGUCAUUGUUGUGGGAAAUCAAUUUCAUAUAAAGGCUUAUCGUGCAUGCUACAUAGAAUCUUCGUACUUUACUGAGGAAGAUUUUAUCAUAUCAGCUAUGGUGGAUUCCUUUCACUCAAAAGAAUGUAGAUGAAGGAUCAAAAUCCCCAUGAGGCAGCCUUUCCAGGCUUCUCUCUCUCUAACUCUCUCUCUCGAGCUGUGAAUUCCCUGUUUCUGUUGUCCGAGGGAGGGCCAAAUAGUAAAAGUUGACUCCUACAUGAAACCUAAAUGGGUCAACGUCACUUGGCUUUGACUUUUAAUGAUUCAAUACCUUGAAAACGUACUAGCACUCGGUCUGUGCCCCUCUAUUUCUGUUUUCUAUUUGACAAUGCUAAUUGGUCAACUCACAUAUGAUCAGGCGCAUGAAAAAAAUCUCUGGUUUUAUAGGUGGGCCUCCUCCAUUUAUUGCCAAUUGAUUGUAAGCUACUUGGUGCAACAUGACAUUACCCAUUCUCUCAAAGUUAGCUGCCUUUUUUAGCAAUACAGUGGCACUAUAACUACAAUUUUAAUGACAAUUCAUGACAGUAGAGUGAAUCCUUGGAUAAAUCAAAUCUAGCAAGGUCAAACUUUUCUUCAUUGUUCUUGUUUCAUUCUUACUUCCACCCCCACUCAGUGCACCCUAACACUCCCCACCCUCGAGAAAUAUGAUGGGCUUUUUUUCCCCCUAAAAUGUAAUGAAAAUUAAUCGCAGUAGAGCAAAUCUUGCGACCAAUGAAAUCUACAUAAUUCAGAAUUUUCGGUAUCAGCUUUUGCCAACAGUGGAAUCGGCUGUGGGAAACAUACCUCUAAACCCUUCACUCUUCCUCCUAGUCUACUUCAUGCAGCAUUACCAUUCCCCAUUUCCCCAAAGUAGUAAACUUUUUUGCUAGCAGGACCUGCAUCAGUAGCUGUCAUGUUACUAACAGUAGAGCAACUUUAGCUGUAAGUCAACUAUACCAAAGUUGAAAAUGUACAGAAUUAGCUAUUUUCUAAGUUGUUGUCUGUAACCAAUCUGCUAAACCUCAUUGUUCUUGGUCUUCUUCUCUUCUUCUCCUUCUUCUUCCAGUCUCACUUCCAGGGCAGAGUUCCGGUCAGCCAACGCCGUCAUGGAUGGGUUCGGUGGAGCUGACCUGACGAUCUCGAAGCUCCGUCGGAAGAGGUGGUCGUGA